AUGGCUUGAUCCCAGCUUAGUCAGUACAUCUCUGCCAGCGAAAUGGAGGAAAUAAAACGACAGGCUGCCAAAGCUGCAGUCGCCGCCGCAGCCGCACUUACAGGAGGGGCCGCCAAUGUUAACACCGUUGUUCCUGGAAGCGGUAAUACCUGUGCGCCUUGCCUUAGUGACAAUGGUGGUAGUCCCUUAGUGACUAACUGUGAUGAUCCUACUGAUCAGAAUGAACCUGAUGUGGCAAAUGGAGAGCCAUAUCAAAGUCCUACUCGGCCCCACACUGAGGACAUUGAGCAAGAAGAGCAGGAGAUUGGGGUGAAUUAUGACGGAAAAGCAGUGAUUGAGUCGACUUUGGACAACCCGGAUAAUUCAGGCGACCAUCCACGCCGCAUGCUCCGCCGAAACUCAAGCUCUUGUGUCAACUUAUUUAUACAUGGUACAACAUCCGCUACCACUGCUCUGGGGCCGUCAGCUAUCAGCUUGCGCCUCACUCAAAUGAAUCUUAAUUCAAGGCAGCAUACUCCACCCGGAAUGCACCACUGUGAUUCUGCUGGCUCUCCCACUUCUCUGCGUGUUUCUGAAGCAGAUGAUGGUGAGCUAGACGCCCCAGAAGUAGUAAAACGCGGUCGAAUCUCAUUGAAAUCGGCUUCGGAACGUGUUACUGGUUCAGAUAUCUCUCAGCCCCCAUCAGGUCCCCUCGCUUCAUUGCAAGCCGCCAAAACUGCCGCUGUCUCUGAAUAA